UAUUCUUGAUUCAUUUUUAAUUUAUCAAAUUAUGAAUAAUUUCAAUAAAAGAAUUAUACUUCUAGUAUUGGGUGUAAUAUUGACUAUCGUUUAUUGCGAGUUUCUCAUUUAUUAUAUAGUUAUAUCACAGUGCAGCUGGCUUACUCCAGAAAAAAUAGCUGAUCAAUCCGAUGUACUGAAAACUUUGAUAUUAACCGACACUCACUUGUUGGGCCCUCGGAAUAGCUUUUGGAUAGACAGAUGGAGACGCGAAUGGCAAAUGCAUCAGGCGUUUAAAGCUAUAAUUUCCGUACACAACCCUGAAGUAAUUUUUGUCCUAGGAGAUCUUUUUGAUGAAGGAGAAUUUAGCAAUGAUGAACAAUUCAGUCAAUAUGUUCAUCGAUUUUAUGCGACAUUUAAUGUUCCGAGUCAUAUAAAAAUGUAUAUUAUAGUUGGCAAUCAUGAUAUAGGAUUUCACAAUAAUAUUAAACGUGGAUCUGCUGAGAGAUUCAUUAAAUUCCUGAAUUCUCCUUCUGUUCGAUUCCUGACUUUGAAAAAUAACCAUUUCAUACUUAUAAACUCCAUGGCAAUGGAAGGAGAUUCAUGCCGACUUUGUACAGAGGCUAGACGCAGUAUUAAUAAUAUUUCAGAAACAUUGAAAUGUUCUCAAAACUCUAGCCGGUGCAGCAAUCCAGACUUCAAAUAUAGUUACAGUAGACCUAUACUAUUGCAGCAUUUUCCCUUAUACAGAUUGUCAGAUGGAGUUUGCUCUGAGCCUGAUGCGCCACCAUAUACAGAACUAUACAUACCCUUUAGACUGAAAGUUGAUGCACUGUCUAAGGAAGCAACAGAAGAUCUUGUUUUCAAGUUAAAACCCAGAGUAGCAUUUGAUGGACACACUCAUUAUGGUUGCCAACUACAUCACUCUUACCACAACAAUGAUCAGAAUAUAGAGUUUUUCGAAUAUACGGUACCAUCAUUUUCAUGGAGAAAUAUCAUGGAACCAAAAUAUAUGCUGGUAACAUUUACACCGAAUUCAUAUGCAGUGAACAAGUGCAGUCUACCUCGAGAAACAACAAUAGCUAUUACAGCCGUGAUUAUAUUUUCAAUAACAUUAUUUUUAACAUGUCGUAAAAGGUUAAUUGGUAGAAGAAUAGGAAAGUAUUCUUUUAUUAGUUAAUUUGUUGAAUAGAUAAGUUGAUAUUGUUGUACAUAAUGUUAAAUAUGUAAUAUAACAUAUUAUUAUUGAAUAUUUGUAACUAGAACUACUUUUAUCUAAUAUCCAACUGUGAUCUAUUUUUGUAAAUAUAGACAUUAAAAUAUGCAUAGGUAAAUGGGGAACCUUCAAUUUAUGUACAUUACUAACAUAAGCCUUAUUUAAUCCGUUAUAUGUAACAUGUAAUAUAAAUGUAAUACAAUAAUAAUUGUAGGCAUAUAUAAUUACAUUUACGAUUGUUGUAUACUACUUAGAGCAAUCCGUUUCAA